GAAGAAGCGGCUUUGCCCAGCAGACAGGUGCCAGACGGUCACCAGCUUCAGUCAUCUCAAGAGAUUCCCCGCUACGGAAGACCCGUCACCUACUACCGCAGAAGCAGAAGCAGAAGCAGCCUCGUAGCAGGGGGACCGUAAAAGCACACAUAUACGCCUUCUUCCUCUCUCCCUCCAGCUGCUCUCUCCUCUCCUCUCUUUCCCUCUCUCUCUUUUUCUCUUCCUCCAGAUUCCUCUUCUUCUUCCACUCUUUCUCGGACAAGUUUACAAGAGGGCUGGUUGGGUGAGACUGAGAGGCAACACAAGAAUUUUCGCGCGCGCGGGAAAAAAAUCUGCAAGGUGAGGGAGGAAAGAAUAUAAAAAUAACUGUGAGGGGAAGGCGAGGAAAUAAAAGACGCUAAAACAGGUAAGGAAAAGACGUCGAGGGAAGAAAGAAGAGGACAGGAAACGCGAGAGAGAGAGAGAGAGAGAGAGGAACGAAGCUGAGAGAGAGAGAUAAGGAGAAAGGAAGGGAGGCCUCCGGAAGAGGAGGACAAUGGCAAAUCUGCAGCAGCGUCUGUCGUCACUUCGCUUCUCCUUCGUCUUCUUCGUCUCCUUCUUCAUCGCCGUCAUCAUUAUUGCACACGCGGAGGCAGUGAGAGCGGACGGACACCAUGAUAAAAGUGACAGAGAAAAAGACACCCCAAUGGCGUCGGCUUCGCACCUGGACAGGUCCUCCCAGCGCCUCCAUCACCGGCGGAGCGCAUUAUCGUCCCAUCAUCGAGGCCGCGCCGCUCGGAAAGGAAGGCGGUCUAGCGCGAUCCAUCACAAGAAAACUUCACCCAGGCGAAGCCGGAAUAGUUACGCCAAUCCCUUAUGGGAGAGUCUCCUCCGCCACGCUCUCCACCAGUCCUCAAAAGGGGGUACUAAUUUGUUCUUCGACCCCUACCGAAGUCCGGCUAUCAGCUCCUUCCACAAAUACUACAGGGACCAGGUCAACCUGAUGGAGAAGCUCAGGUCGCAGCUGGUCAAUAGGGUGGGGCACUUGAGAGGGAGAAUGAACUAUUACCAACACGGUUCCCGUCACGCGCAGCCUUCGCGUUCCUCCUCACAUCAUACUAGAGGUCAUCGUCGACAUCCUUACCAUCGUAGUCAUCAGGAAGUGACGGGUCACAACGGCGGGAAACGCCAGUACAAGAUAGUCAGGAAUAACGUCGUCCCAGUGAAGGACGUCCCUGAGGAUGUUGAGGUGUUUGGAAGACCGACAGUGGUCAGAACUCACGUCAGACCAACUCGUCCUUCGUUUACCCCAAGUGUCUGGACCACGAGCGUCCCAGGCACCGACCCUAAAAAUUGUACCAAGACGGAUCGAGAACCAUUCCAUCACACGGAGAUAAAAUCUACGAGUAUUUCUCACAGUCGGAACAAUUUCAGCCCUGUCCACUCAGUCAUCAGUAGCCACACUGUCUUCAGCGGCGGAAAAUACCACGGCAGUGAGGAGAAAGGUCCCCUUUCUGUGGGGGAGGUUUUGGGAGCCGGUUUUCCUGCUUAUUCUAACGUCUUCUCUCACCCAGUAACCAGGAUUCACGACUCCUCCAUGCUUCCCUCGGGUGCUAUUAUCCCGGCUGUCAAGAAUCACCUGGGGUCGGUCAGAGUAUCCAUUGGGUCUACGGGGAGAUCUCAGAAGCCAAGUAUCGAAGAGCAUUUGAAUAAGCUUCCCUCUACCAAAGGCGACAGAAGAGGAGAGGAACUUCCGUGCAUCAAAUGCCCUCCAGACACUCGCGUGGAAGCACCCAGGGGGUCCGAUUGCGUCAUCGCGUACCCUCCGUCGCCUCUGUCUUGUACACCAAGAUUUAUACCCGAGUUGCGGACAGUCGUCACGGAAGGACCCGCUCCUGGAAGCCUCCUUCCAGAGGGCCGGUACAGGAUGAUCAUCGCCGUCUGGACAUCCGAUUCCAGUACGUCCACGCCCGUCACCACGUGCAACGUCAGUUACGACGUCGAAGUUCGAAAGUGCCCGUCGUUACCCGAGGUAGAAGGAGGCGAGGUCACUUGCACUGCAGGGCGUGCCUGGGGUUCCAAAUGCUCUUGGGUAUGCAGAGGAGGGCGCCUUCUUCAGGGCAGCUCAGUCACGACCUGCACAGGUCACAGCAGGCCUCGUUGGACUCACCAGCCUCCACGUUGUAAUGAGCCUACGUCAGAGAAACCCGAGAUACCACCACCUCCUUCGACACCUCUUCACCCAGCUCGCCCUCCGUCACCUCCCAUAGGUAGCUGCCCACAGCCUCCGGACGUCCCCGGAGGACGCCUGAUCUGUGAACCCCCGUCGAUUGAAAUCCUACCUCGUAGGGACCUCAUCCCGAAGGACGAGCCUGCUCCUUCCGUCGCCGAGGACGACGCACCCUUAGACGGUGUCAUCCGACCCCGCAGUGUCUCCUCGUCGCUGGAACUCUAUCCGGUGGGGACAUCCUGCAAGGUGGAAUGUGACCCGGGCCUGGUGCUGAGGCAAUCCGAGAUGGACCGGGUCUUCCUCACCUGCUCUCCAGCCCUUACCUGGAACAAAAGUCCUUCCGGGUGUUAUUCCACUGAGCCCCCAGUACCUCGAGAUAACGACUGCGAUGAUGUGACCUUAUCCUUAGACCAGAUAAGUUCCCUUCCUCUACCAGUCUUCUUCAACGUCAAUGGAGAUCGAGCUGAGGUCACGUGCGACAUGCAAGAGAUCAAGAGAGGUCAGCAUUUCGUCAGGAAAUGCAAAGCCACUGACCAGGAUCUGCAGACUUCAGCCACCUGCCAAUAUGUGAUCACAGUCAGGCCAACAGUGGAGAUUCCGAGCGAAAAACCUGACGAAGGCGCUGCAGGCGGAUCAGCAAAGAACCCUAAGAAUACAGAGUAUGAAACAGUGGCUGACGUCUUCAGAACCAAAGGAAAGAAGCACAAAACUAACGGCGACCGGAAACGCAAACCAGAUAAGAUUUCUUUUGUUCCUCAACAUCAAAAAGGAGACUUGAGCGAAGAAGAUUUAACUUACCAUUAUGACGUUUUCGGUCAAGGUGAUGCAGAUUAUACUAAGCCUGGAGACAGGUCAGGUGACGAUCGUGCCUCCCAUGAGAUUAGACCAGAGUCAGUUCUGCAUCCAACAGAGAGGGUACCACAGGGUAUCGCCGAGGAACAAAUACGCGAAGAAGGGGGACUGGCAACUAGUAUGUCACCCGUGGUAUCUCGAGCCUCUGUAACUCUAGGGGAAGGCAGUAAAAGAAGAUUCCAUUCCCAUGCAGCCCUCGUGCCCAAAGCUAAUUCUGUUCCAGGGAUGAGUGGAGAGUCUUCUAAAAUCACCGGUGAACGAGAGGUGAUUCCACAGGUAUCCAAACCGAAAAGAGGCCGGGAAAGAGCGGAGGGUGAGCACCCUUUCGAUGUAACCAGAAGAGAGAAAGCUGACGAGACAGAGACGGCUGUCAUGGAAGCUGCGAUAGAGCUGAACAUUCUAGUUGAUGAUUGUAGGAAUGCCGAUCAAGUCAAGAAAGCUCUGUAUGAGCUACUGCUGAUGCUUGAGAGCUGCAAGAAACUUGCUUGUCAUACUCCCAAGACAAAAUGUCGACAAAGACCAGGUCAAGAGGAGAGUGUGGUGAAAGUGACCUGGAUAGUUGGUGGGCUAUUUGAACCACUGGAGGACUACUAUUACGACGACGUUCAAGUGCCGGUUGUCGAAACGGACAUAGAUUCUCUUAUGAUCUCCGCAGAGCGCCUAAUAGCAUCGGAGAGGACGACGCGCGCCAUGGAGGUCUUGGGAGCAGCCAUCGACCUGACCUCCUUCAGUCUGAACCGCCUUGACCUUGUGUGCAAAAACAAAGCGUAUCGUUUCGACGCCCAGACGAAUCGUUGCAUUCAAGACGAGCUGCAAGAGCUAUGAGAGAAGUUAGAGAGAGCGUAGAAAUAAUACUCGUUGCCUUUAAACGUAGCCGUAAUAUUAACUAGAGACUCUAAAGACAGGAGACGAUUGGUCUAUGCAAGGUUGCUGAUGAUGUCGAAUUGGUCGAGUGGAAAGUGCCAUAGUUGUUUAUUGUUGCGAUAUGUCAAGCUGCCACACUAGACUUGCCUGGAUGGGCGCGGAUUUGUCACUGCCAAAGUUAUCUCGUAAUAUUCAUUUUGUCAUUACUGAACAGGGAGUAAACGAGACAAAUAACCACACUUGUGCGAACAUAACUGGAAAGGUUCUGCGUGCGGACUAAUCAUUAAUUAAAAAGAAGGAACCCCUCAUUUCUAGUUCUUUAAGAAAAUAAUAUGCAUUGUUAAGGGAAUAGUGUAAGGAGAAUACCUGUUUGACAAAACAUAACUACUAAUCUAAAGUAGUGUAUGAAUGUAUAAUACAUAACACGAAUAAUACCACACAAAAUUGUAUUUAAAGAAAAACCCCAUCAAGAAUGAACUUACAAUGAAUAAAGAAUUUUGAUAAUUUU